AGGCAGCACUGGUGGGUGGGCACAGGUGGGUGGCACUUGUGGGCACAGGUGGGUGGGCACAGGUGGGUGGCACUGCUGGGCACAUGUAGGUGGCACUUCUGGGCACAGAUAGGUGGCACUGCAGAGUGGCACAGGUGGGUGCACUGCUGGGCACAGGUGGGUGCACUGCUGGGCACAGGUGGGUGUACUGGUGGGCAUGGGUGGGCGGAGCUAGUGGGCGCACUGCUGGGCGGAACUUGCGGGUGGCACUGCUGGGCACCGAUCAUCAGGGCACUGAUCAUCACAUGUCAUUGGACACCGCUG